AAAGUUUGGAAGGAGAAGAGAGAGAAAGAGCGUUUGGAUAUUUGUGAUGAAAGAGAGAGGGCAUGGAGAAUCCCAAUGCUAAAGCUGAGAGACACAGACAGCUGAGGUUACUGUUGUGACUCCCUGGCCCUGUUUUCUGACCAAUUAAACUAAAAAAUCCCCACUCUCACUCUCUCCCAUAUCAUCUCACCUUCCACACUCUCUUCCUUCAUUCUCUUCAUUCUCUCCAUUCCAAUUCCAUUUCCAACUUUACCUUCUCCCCAUUCCCACUCUAACCAAUCAAACCCCACAAAUCCAAUACCCUAUCAACCAAUCAAAGAUUCCAUCUUUUGAAUCCAAAGCCACUGUCCCAGAUCAAACAACCCCAACACAAAACAUCAUCCACCCACUUCAACAAAUGAGAGAGAACCAUCCUUCCACAAACUCCGAGGAAGACCAGCGAUCCUCCGUGCUGGAUCUGGCGCGAGCCGAAAUCACGGAAUCCUCCACCUCCAAGACCCGAAACUAUGGCGGGUUUCCGGAUCCGGCUUCCGGGUCGGGUCCAUCGGAGCCGCAGGCUCCGUUCCCGGACCAGGUGCUGGAGAACGUGCUGGAGAACGUGCUCCACUUUCUCUCCUCGCGCCGCGACCGUAACGCCGCCUCAUUGGUGUGCCGUUCCUGGUACCGCGCGGAGGCCCUCACCCGAUCCGAGCUCUUCAUCGGGAACUGCUACUCUCUCUCUCCCGCUCGCGCCACCACGCGUUUCACGCGCGUCAAGUCCGUCACGGUGAAGGGUAAGCCGCGCUUCGCGGACUUCGAUCUGAUGCCACACGAUUGGGGGGCCCACUUCACGCCUUGGGCCAGCGCCCUGGCCCAGGCCUACCCCUGGCUGGAGAAGCUCCAUCUCAAACGCAUGACCGUCACAGACGACGACCUCGACCUCAUCGCCGACUCCUUCUCAGGCUUCCGCGAACUCGUCCUCGUCUGCUGCGAGGGCUUCAGCACUCAUGGUCUCGCCUCCGUCGCUGCCAAGUGCAGACUGCUGAGGGUGCUUGAGCUGGUCGAAUCUGUUGUGGACUCUGAGGACGAGGAGGAGAUAGCAGAUUGGAUUUUAUGUUUCCCCGAGAGCCAAACCAACAUGGAGUCUCUUGUGUUUGAUUGUGUUGAGUGUCCUAUUAAUUUCGAGGCUUUGGAGAGUUUGGUGGCUAGGUCGCCUCGUUUGAAGAAGCUUCGGUUGAACCGAUAUGUUUCCAUGGCUCAGCUGCAUCGUUUGCUACUUCGAGCCCCGCAGCUUACUCACCUCGGAACAGGCUCCUUCAGUGCUGCUGAGCCCGGGGUGGUUGGUGAGCUGGAACCGGAUUACACGGCAGCGUUUGAGGCCUGCAGAUCCUUGGUUUGCCUGUCUGGAUUCAGGGAGAUUUGGGCGGAUUACCUUCCCGCGAUUUAUCCGGUCUGCGCCAAUCUGACCUCGUUGAAUUUGAGCUAUGCCGAUGUUAACGCGCAGCAGCUGAAGGCAGUCAUUCGCCACUGUCAUAAGCUACAGAUAUUCUGGGUACUUGAUUCGAUAUGUGAUGAAGGACUUCAGGCAGUGGCUGCUACUUGCAAGGACUUGCGAGAGCUUCGGGUUUUCCCUGUGGAUGCAAGGGAGGAUACUGAAGGGCCUGUCUCUGAGGUUGGGUUAGAAGCGAUUUCGCAGGGUUGUAGGAAGUUGGAGUCGAUUUUGUAUUUCUGCCAGAGGAUGACUAAUGCGGCUGUGGUGGCUAUGUCAAAGAACUGCCCAGAUCUUGUGGUGUUUCGUCUGUGUAUUAUUGGGCGGUAUAGGCCAGAUCAUGUGACUCAGGAACCCAUGGAUGAGGGUUUUGGUGCUAUUGUUAUGAAUUGCAAGAAGCUCACUAGGCUAGCUGUGUCUGGUUUGCUCACUGAUCGUGCUUUUGAGUACAUUGGGAGGUAUGGGAAAUCGGUUAGGACACUGUCGGUUGCCUUUGCUGGGGACACCGACACGGGCCUUAAGUAUGUGCUUGAAGGAUGCCCUAAUUUGCAAAAGCUUGAAAUCAGGGAUAGUCCUUUUGGGGAUGGAGCUCUUCGAUCUGGUUUGCAUCAUUACUACAACAUGAGAUUCCUCUGGAUGUCGAGCUGCAAAUUGACACGCCAAGCUUGCCAAGAGAUUGCACAAGCAUUGCCCAACCUUGUUUUGGAAGUGAUCAGCAACAGUGUGGAGAAUGCAGGUGAUGAUAUUGAGAUAUUGUACAUGUAUCGGUCACUUGAUGGACCGCGGGAUGAUGCUCCAGGAUUUGUUAACAUUCUGCAUUAGAUUUUACGUUUUAAUUCAAGAAGAAUUUAACUCUUUCCAGUGGUGGCUGGUCGAUGAAACAUGAUUGAGCAGGGGAUUUUAAAUAAAUCUGCCGAAAGAUUUCUCUGAUAUUCAUGGCAAACGAAGAUAAGCUUACAAUUCCUGUUCGUGGUAUGGGCUGCAGGGAUGGCACGUCCCAAAGCUGCUAUUGGAGAGGGGGGUUGAGAAAAAUUCUCCAUUUGUCCUUGUUCAUUUUAGAUGACUGAGGUUUGGAAGAGGGAAUAGAAUAAUAGGAAGGGGUAGGGGGAGGAUGAUUCAGAAAGAAGACCUGCAGAAUUCAAUGUUGUCGUAUCGUCACAGUUUAAGUUUAUGUAAUUUUUUUUUUCCUUUAUAUUCAUUUAUCAUAACGAAAAACUGCCCAAGGAGGGGGAAGUAGAGAUUGCUGAAGCUGCUAUGAGGAUUGGUUAAUAAGCAUUAUUUUAUUUCCUUGGUCUAAUAGAUGUUACAUUGAGAGCAGAUUCAGAAGGAUCAAAUCAGAGGUUUUGGAGAGGUGAUGUUCUCUAACUUAUCCAUCAAUCUUACCAGUAGAGAAGCAAAAAAUGUAUUCACUUUGUAAGGAACUUAGUCUGUUUAUGUGGAUUCGAAUGAAAGUUAGUUGAAGCUUUGGCUGGCCAGAAUCCAAACUCCAGACUGUGAUAUAAACCUAUCUCUAUCUCCCUAUAAUGUUUUUUCUUUUUUAAUUUUAUGUUCACGGAUGUGUUGCUGUAGCACCUGACUGUUGAAUUUAUUGUUAUUGUUAGCAACUGUGAGAUGGUUAAUAAAUGCCAGAAUAUGCAUGGACCA